CAUUGAUGAACAACGGCUGUCGGUUUCGUUUAAAAAAGAAAAACAUCACACUAAAACUAGAGACGGUGAAGCAUGUUCGUGACAUUUUGGAUAAUUUGUGAGGAAGGGAGAGGAGAGGGAAAGUGCGACGGAGCGGACAAAGUUGACACUUGGCUGUCAUGUUUGGUACUUGUUGAAUAGGCUGUGUACGUACACAACACUGGAGCCUGUGUGGGCAGCGUGCUGGGAACAGGGUCUUCUGUAUCACCAUGAGGCAGUGACAGAACAGGCACAAUGAUGGCAGAGCUGGAAAUUGACCAGACCAACCUUCCACGUGUCCAAGAAGUGUGCCAGUGUUUUGCUGUGCUGGAGGAUGGAGUGUUGGCACACAACCUGCAGGAACAGGAGAUUGAGCAAUAUUACACCACCAACAUCCAGAAGAACCAGCUAGUGCAGAAUGACAUUCGUGUAGCCAGAAGACUGCAGGAUGAGGAGGAAGAGGAGUGGACCCAGCAGAGCACCCUCCACAGACAGGCUUCCAGACAGCUGGAGGAGGAAGACUUUGAGUAUGCCCGUGUAAUUCAGGAGGAGAUCCAGCGUUGUGCAGAGGAGGCCCGGAGGAGAGAGCAGGAGGAUGAGGAAAUAGCUAAACAAAUGCAGGAAGAAGAGGAGCAGAAAAUCAGCAGGAGGAGCAGAGGGCAGGAGGACCAGGCGGAAGAAGCGUCACUACAACCAGAGUCAGGCGAGACAAGCCUGAACCUGGGGGAGCUGCGUCAGGUCCUACAGGACGAAGAAUUGUCUCAAAAGCUGCAGGAGGAAGAGGCGAGGCUGCUGAGAAGGAAUUCCCAGCCCUCUCCACGUACUAACCCAGAAGGAGAUUUCCGACGCCUUGCGCUGUCCCCGCCCAGCGGACAACAACAUCCGGGUUACCGUGUGUUCAGACCGGACGCGUAG